UGAAUAAAGACAGUCGUUAGUAGUGGACGUACUUCGAAAGAACAACUAUUUUUACUAUUAUUUCGGGUGCAAUGGCAUCCCCACACUCGGAUAGAUCAGAUAUAUUCCCUAAAAUUCAAAAACAAGGGCUCGUAGAGUCUAAAACGCCACAGUUAACUUAUAUUGAAGACUCAAGCUUCGAUAUUCGAGAACUUGCACGAGAAACAGGCAACGAGAGACAGUUUUUUAGGAAUUCGCCUCCUACAAUCGUUGGAUACAGAAAACCUGGGAGUCAAAACAGUUCAAGGAAUAACUCUCCAGUACAAAGGAGAUUUGAGCAAGGAGAGCAGAGUAUAUCUGUUGGAAGGAGUCCAUCCAUAUCGCUUGACCUUGGAGCAUCGUUUGAUGAUGUUCAGCUUCUACGGGAUAGAAUAUCAAGACUAACACAGGACAAAGAACAGCUAAAUACACAGUUGGCUCACUACAGAAAAAGUUCAGAAACAGCUCAGACUGACCUAGCAGCUGAAAAAGUGAUAACUACCACACUACAGAAUGAGCAAAGAGAUAUGCAGCAGCAGCUCUCAGAGAAAGAACAAAAAAUAAUGGAACUAAAGUGUGAGAUUGAGGGGGAAAAACAAAAUGAGGCCAGAUUACAAGCCUUGGUUACGUCACUCAGACAGCGAGUACGAGAAGCAGAAGAUGAUGCUGAAGACAGGGAAAAUAUCGCAUCACGAAGUGAUGUUACCAUCUUAUCUCUGCGUAAAGAAAUGCAGAACUUACAGGAUAAACUGCAGCAAGCAGAAGUGUCACUUAGACAUCACAUUGGUGUAGAAGAGGAGGCAUCUAAAAGAGCAUCCAAAUGGGAAAAUAAGUGCAGUGAACUGCGACAUCAUCUCGUUAAAGCACUUCAUCUUGAUGCAACAGAAGCAGCCACAAUAGCGACAGAAUCACUCAUCUCAAAGAUUGCUGAUUUGAUAAAGGACAGACACACUCUCAUCGACAAGUCUAAUUCUCUUACGCGAAAUGUCCAUGAGAGCAACAUGGAAGCUAAAGCAAGCAGAGAAACGAUCAUGCGCCUUGUAUCCGAGGUCGGUCAAGAAAAGAAAGCAUCCAAUGAAUACAAACAACAACUUGACCAAACUAUACGAGAACGAGACACCCUGCAGCAGAAGGUCCGAGAGAUGGACAUCCAGAAUGAGCAACUGAAGCGACAAGUGACGUCCAGUCAAGACGCAUGGAGUGAUGUGAACAAAAGUUUGGAGGAACGAGAAGCGAAGAUAAAGGCAAUGGAAGAAGCAUUACAGACUAGUGAAUAUACAGGACAAGCCACUCAACACAAGCUUCAUGGAUUCAAGCGCCAUCUUGCUCAGUUAGUAACCCCUCCUGGUGAAGAUGUGACAGAAGAUGAACAGUCUAUACUGACCAGGGUCAAUGAACUCGUUAAGAAAUACAAAGAUUUCAGAUCGACAUCCGAAUCAGUGAGUGUACAAGUGAAGAACCUCGCAGACGAACUAGACAGUCAGCGUAGUCUGCAUCGAACUACACUUAAACGAGCCACACAGGCUGAAAACCAACUGAAAGAAUCACACGAGCGCGUAUCGGGACUGGAGGGAGAGCUGUUGUCUUCUGACGUAGAGAGGGAUAGCUUGAAGGAAGACAAGAGAAAGUUUGUAGCUUUUUGUGAGAAGCUCGCGGGAACGAUGAAGCUGGACGAGAUCGCUAGCGACGUUGGUUUUGAUGUGAACGGUGAGGCUCUACUAGCAAGAGCUGGACAGCUUGUUAAGCUUGAGACCGACGCAUUGGAUGACCGAAAAACAACCAUCUACAACCUUCAACGAAGACUAAAAUGGGCGAAACAACAAAUCGAGAGCAAAGACCUUCACCAAGGAUUGCUGAAGAAAAAGGUCGACAGCUUGGAAGAAAUAUUACGAGAUAAAAGUAGAGUGGAGGUAGAACGAGAUGAGAACUCCAUACGGUUCAAGAAACUGGUGAAGCAUAAUGACAAACUUCAGCGAGAAUUGCUGGAGUACAAACAAGAGGUUACUCACUUGAAAGCAAAACUAUUGGAUGUCAGUGAACUGAAGACAAGGACCAUCGAGCAAGAAAGAACGAUCGAAAACCUUGAACAAGUAUUAAACAAACUCGCGAAGAGUAAACAAAAGACAAAGGAAUAUUUGGUGGAUGUGAAAACUGAGCUCGAGGCAAGUCAAUCAGAGGCACGAGAAACGAUGGCCAAAACCAGUGGUUCGCUGUCACAGGUCACCAGUGAACUGAAUACGACUAAGAUUGCUUUGGAGGAAUCAAGGCUAAGAGAAAGACAGCUUUUGGACUUCAGGCAAGUUCUGGCGAGGUUACUAGGGCUUGACGUCAACAACUUGUCCGUCCCUGACUAUGAAAUUAUCGCCCGACUUGAACGACUAGUGCAGGCUCACCACGCUCAUUCCAUAACGACACAUAGCCUAGAGGGCAGUCUGCAAGACAUGGAACACGGAUUCCGAAAUGGUUAUGAAGAUGCAAUAGCCAUACUACGCGCGCCAUCGCCCCUUAAAGUCAGCAGCUCAUAACAAAUGAAUUAUUACAGUUAAUAUUCAUCGAAAAAUCGGGAAACUCCUCGUUCGAGCUGGCCCAGGAUUGGUACAUCCCACAGUGACUUUAUUUCCAAUGUCACGUGACAUUAUCGUCGUCGCUCUUUUGCUUCUGGUGACGACGCAAGAACUGGGGACUGGAACGAGUUUUGACGUUAAAAUUAAAUUGCGGGUUGUCUCUUUACCUCAUGAAUUUAACAAAUAGACAUCAGUUUUUUAAUGUGUCUGUACUCUUAUUGACAAUAAAUUGUGUCAUCACAUUGUCAAAGUAGUAUGGAAGCGUAGCCGAGUGGAUCCGCAUACUACUUUGACAAUG